UCAGCACGCUAGGAAAUGUGCUACAAAAUGUAAUUUCGUCAAUCACCGUAGGACACAAGUGAUUUUCUGCACCACAACCUUCUAAUAUUCUCUCGAACAAUAACUUUAGUUCUGAUUCAAUAGCUAAGGAAGGAACGCGCAAAUCUACACAUAUAUAGAGCCUAAAUAUUUCCAAUAAUAAUCAUACGUUGUAGUGAGUUGGUUCCGUCGAUUUGGGAAGAGUUUAUUAUUAGCACUAUAUUGCCUCCGAAGAGUUUUCAUACUGUUAUAUGUGAUUAUACGUAUAGAGGAAACAUCAAAGCCUUGAUUAUUUCCUAUGAGUGUGGAAAACAGUGUUUAACAUAGAUAUCAGAACGCCGGUGCUUGUAGUUAUAUACACAAAUAAAUGAUGCGUAAGUGGGAAAUGUAUAGGAGGUAUUUAAAGCUCGUAUAAUGUGUAAUAAAGUGGAAAUUCCCUCUGUAUGUGUAAUUUGUUAGACAACUAUGCGUUAUAUAAGUGGAAUAUAUGUGUGUUAAUUUGUUCCAGUAAAAAUAACAGAGGAAUAUUGUUUCUAUAUAAUUAAGGAUUCCUGGAUAUGCUAUCGAGAAAAUGCCCCCGCGUGUAUGUCGGCUGCUGAUAUGGAUAACGACGGUUUUCUCCUUCGUCCUGGUCGGCACUGCGGACAGAGACUGUGACGUCACGUUCAGCAGUCGGGAUAACAAAAGAGAUAGAUUUGCCUCCCCGGGCUGGCCUAACCCUUACCCAAAUAACAAACGCUGUGUCUACAAGUUUGUUGGCCUCACAACCGAGAGAGUCAAACUCAGAUUCAGCAAAUUUAACCUGCAAGGAAUGUCACCUGAUUGUCGACACGACUAUAUAGACCUUUAUAUUCAACUGACCAGCCCAAACGACGCCUUGCUGGACGCCGAGUUAUUGGGGAGGUUUUGUGGGGACGACAUGCAAGAAGAUCUUCCUCAGCAAGUCAUUUCAACUAAUAACGUCAUCGUUCUCAUAUUCUUCUCUGAUGACUCGAAAACUUACGAAGGAUUUCAGGGUCACUAUGAAUUCAUUGACGCUGCAAUUUAUAAUGUAGGGCAACAAGUGACACCGGGAGGUUGUAACUUCCUUAUCAACAGUAAAGAAAGGCGGCAGGGCUACAUCGUCUCCCCGACUUAUCCUGGAACAUACCCCAAUAAUCUGCAUUGUACAUAUGAAUUCCAAGGAAUACCUGGAGAAAGAAUAAAACUGACAUUCAACGACUUCUCUUUAUUCCACGGAGAUGAUUACUGUCCUUUUGAUUAUGUGAGAAUAAAGGACGGGAGAGAAAAGACAUAUGCUGAAGACAUUGGCGUGUUUUGUGGAAGAUAUGAAAAUGUUACAGUGUUUUCGUCAAGGGAAUUUUUAUUUGUUGAAUUUGUGACUAGAAGUGGACGUGUUAGUUUUGAUGAAAAUUCACUGGAUGAUAUAGCUGAUUAUAAGUUUGACAGAAGUGGGUUUAACAUAUCAUUUGAAUUCAGCACCAAUUUCAUACGUUUUGAUUUACGUCAAACGAAGGAAGCUACGCAUGUUACAGGAACUGAAUGUGAUGUCCGCAUCAUCAGUACAGGAGGGUCAAUUGGUACAGUUGAAUCGCCUGGAUACCUGAAGGGGGAUUUUCCUAAAAACACGACGUGCAAAUUCUAUCUAGAUGGAGAAAUGAACCAGGGUAACUUGGAAAAAGUCAACGUAUUAUUCAAGGAUUUUGCCAUAUCCGGUUCAAUACAGAACUGCAAAGAGGGCUUUCUCGGCGUCACGAAGGAAGGCCACAGAAAACCCAGUGUCAUAGACGAAAAGUUUUGUGGGCAUCUAUGGCCUCCUGAGCUAACAAGUAAAGAUCCACGAAUGAUACUCACGUUCGAUACCCACGGUGCUUCCACAGCACGGUUCAUGUUACAGUACAAAUUUAUUUCUGACGAAUCUACCCCUAUCAACGAUUUUAUUGAUACAGAUUAUGCCAUAUCCGGACAGCAUAUUGGAAGAGAGGGCGAGUGCAGCUUCCUGUUUGAAAGCAAGCGCGAGCGUUCCGGAACCUUUAAUUCACCACGUCAUCCCGACAACUAUCCACCAAAUAUAGAAUGUGUAUAUAUAUUUCAACCAGAGUCCAGAAACGAAAAAUUGCUCAUUUCAUUCGACAUGUUUCAACUCUCAAGCGGGGAUCAUAUUGCUGAACCAAUCAUUGACCCUCACAGCCGAAAGUAUGUUAUGUCAAAAAAGUGCCUAAAUAACACCGACUUUCUCGAAUUGUACGAGUUAAACGAGGCCGAUUUAUCACAGAACCGGUAUGUACCGGUCAGUAUUUACUGCGGGACCAAAUUUCCAGCACCAAUUAUUGCCCACAGGGAAAUCAAGUUCAGAUUUAAAGCCAUGAAAAAUAGCAGCUUUCAGGGAUUCAAAGCUAGGUAUGAGUUUGUACCGAAAGCCGAAUUACAAAAAGGUUGUCCUCAAGAAAUAGUAACAGGAGGAAAAGGUGGUACAAUAACAAGUCCGCGGUUUCCUUUGAAGUAUGAAAGUAGAACUUACUGUGAAUGGAAGAUAACUGCAAGUAAACCUCAAAAUAGAAUAUUGAUCCAACUAGAGACUUUCAAAAUAGAAGGAGAGAUGGGACGAGAUGGUGGAGAGGGAUGUAAAAAUGCAGUAUUAAGAGUACAGAAUGGUAAAGAAAUGAGUGAAAUAUGUGGUACAUUUAAUGAAAAUGAAAUGUCAAAAACUUCUAUAACAUCAACAGGAAACACCGAGGUUAUUCAGUUUCUAACAUCAAAUGCUGCUCUGGGUUUCAAAGGGUUCCGAUUGACGUGGACAGAGUUACACGUAUCAGCUGGCCCAUGCUAUGGUUUUAAGUGUCAGAAGACAGGAUACUGUAUUUCUCCGGACUUGAAGUGUAACCAGUUGCCUAACUGUGGUCCAGGCGAUAAAUCGGACGAAAUAUGUGAACCUCAGGCGAGCAGUCGUGGCCCGAAGAAAGAGAAAGUACAAGUAGUACAUAUUGUAAUUGGUACCUCAAUAUCUGUGUUCUUUUGUGUAGUAUUACUUGUUUGUGGAGUCUAUCACCGUAAAAAAUUCCGACCACGUGAUCGACAUUCUCCGGAAACAGAUAAUGUGGAAGUGCGUUAUGUUGCGGCUACUUCCGGUAGUAAUACUACUGACAGAUUGCUCACAAUUGACAAAUCAGAAUCAAAUAGAUCUUCCGUACAAACUUCUGAAAGGACAGAAAAUAAUCGUGACCACGUGGGUCACAACGCAGAAGUUAAAAAAGUGUUGAAUGAACAUGAAAAUGGUCCAGGCGACCAUAACUCUGUGAGGCAAAACCACAAUACUUUACCCUCUCAGGAGAAACCAUCCACGUCAACUUUGCCCCGUCCUGUGACUGCUCCAAAAAUUCAAAAGGUGUCGAUAGUUUGAUAAAAGUUUUUAUAGGAGUUUUUAUUCAAUUAUGUGGUGUACCUGUUACGUGCAAGUUGUGGUAAAACAGAUGAUGUGCCCGGUGAUAGCGUUACAUGAAUGCAGAAAGGUUCUGAUGAAUAUGAAGAAGUCGACAAAUAUUCAGCUGAACACAAAUGAAGACGUGAUGAUUGCACUAUUACGAAAUAAAAAGAGACUGAUUACAAAAGCAAAUAAAAUUGUAAAAGGAAGUAGUGGGGCAUGUGAAUGUGUCCACUGUGAUAAAAGGGGGCUUGUUUGUUAAGUUGAUGUACGUUCAUAGCUGGUGUUGUUACAAUACUAUUGUGUGACCAUUUUACUAGUUAAUCUAACAUAAGAUACGUUUGGAAUGAUUCUACCUAAUAACGGUUUAUUGGCUUUAUAAGUCAGUAUACUGGUAAGGUACUUGCUUAUUAAAAUCACAUUUGAAAACGAUAUUUUUAAAGAUUAUACGUACGUUAACAUUGAUGUAAAUAUUUUUUGACUUAAAACAUUAAAUACAGCAGUUAAGUGUGAAAUGUCCAGUAUUUCGAGUUGUAUAUUUUACCGUACAUCGGGUAGUUGUUUAUGCUUUUCAUUAAUUAAUCUGUGAUUAUCAUGUUAAACCAUGUAAAAUGUACAUAUAUGCUGAGGUCAUAGGGUCAAACACUAGAAGACCAAUCAUGCCUUCUUACAUGAAUAUUACAUAAUGCCAAAUUCUAGAUUUUUGGAAAAGUGUGAAAACCUCUUCAUAUUAAUAGCAAUAUAAUUGAAAGUUAUCGUUUGUGCUAGUUUUAUUUAAUCAUGGAAGAUGUUUUUAGCAUAUUUUACCAGUUUAUUUCGAUAAGUAGUAUGAUAAACCGUGAUUUUAUUGAUGGUUUUAUCAAACUUUUGAUUCCUAUAAGCAUGUACGUGAAAUGAGCCGUAAUAUUGAUAUUUUCUCAAAAAAUAACGUUUUAGUGGUAAACAUCUUGUCAUGUGACAGGAAAAGUUCUAAAUAUAUGUAUUACAGAAACUGUCGGAUAUAGGCGAAAGCAGCUUCGUGUUUUACGAAAUUAUACGAAUUUAGUCGAAAUUUACUUAUUGAAACAUUGAUUGAAAAAAAUGUUUUUUUUGUUUUUUUGUUUGUUUUUUUUUUGCAAUCGGUUUAUUAUUCUAAGACUAAUAUUCAUUUUAACUGCAAGAUAAUACAUGUAUUGGUAGUUUCCAUUACUAAAUACGCGGUUGAGCAUACAGUAACGAUUUUUUUGAAUUUCCUAAAUUCGCAUUAUUUAAUUUAAAAAUAGUUUUAAGCCAUCACAUAUUGAAUACAUUGUUUCGAUACAACACGAACAUUUGUGUCUGCCAAAGUCUUGUUUUAAAAUGUAUAACAAAAGCAACAAUUUAAAGUAUUUAUUUAUAUAUCAUAUUUAUAUAGUGCCAAUACGUUUUUCAUUGAUUUCACAUUUCAAUUUUUACAAUUCAUGACGUUCGUAACUCAUUAAAGAAUAAUAAAAACAUUGGUAUUCAUAAUAUUUACAUUGAACUGUUGUAUAUAAAUCGUACAUUUUGUAACAUCGAAAAAUGUGUAAACUUAAUUACUGUUUAUCAUUACUGUUUAUCAUUACUGUUUAUCAUUACUGUUUACCAUAUAAAUAUUAAUUUUGAAGUCAAUGAUUAAAUGUAAAUGAUAUGUUUAAAUUAUUAUUUAUGAAAUAUAUAUAUUUAUCAAAUGCAUGAUUGUGAAAUAGUGUCAAUAUGAAUAGAUAAUGAAUUGUAAUGUGUGAAAAUUAAGCAUAUGUGUCAAUAAUGUUUAUCUGUCUUCUUCAAUGAUUUGUUUUAAUAUUCUUUUUAUGAUUUCUUAUUCCUAAAAAAAGGUGUUUGACAUAUUUUUAAACACUAACGUAAAAUUAUAGCGUGAUGAAUGAGAUUUAGCAUGAUAUUUUGUAAAAAAUAAGUAUAUCGAACCAUGAAGCUUUAUAUUCUGUGUGUUUGAUAGAUGAUUGCGGGUGAAGAUAUAUAAAAUGCAUGUGGCAUUAUUUUGUUAUUCUUUUGGCUGUUAGUGUUUCAUUUUAAAUAGCUUUAUCUUUUUAUCUUUUUCAACAUGUGACGAUAUUUCAUUCGCUUAGACUAAACAUUAUAAGGUAUUAAUUUUAAGUCAUCAUAAAAGCAAUUUCCCGUCUCACAGUAUCACAUUUUAUAAUUAUUAUGCUAGUAUUAUUGUGAUUGAUACACGUUUAUUGUUUUUAAAAUGUCAGAUGAUCCGCAAAUUAGAACUUUUAAUCAUGUUUUCACUAUUAUUUUGAACACAUUUUAGAUAUCAAACUGCAUUUUGUUGUAUUAUGUUUUUUUUAUAUAUAUAUUUCAAUUUCAACAUAAUAACAAAUCUUGUAAGGCUACACGCCUCUAGACAAUGAUCAAACUUAAAUUAUUUAAACGAAAUAAUAUCGAUGGUUUGAGAGCUAAAAACUUAUUUCAAUGAAAGCAUAAAGGACACAAAAACAUACUUUGUUUAAAUACAUGUUACGUACUAUAUUUUUGCGUAUUUAGGCAAGUUAUCUGUAUUUUAUGUAGACAGAAAGUACGUUGUGCUUGAUAAUGUUGCUUUAUUUGUACACUAAAUUGACAACAUGUUUACGAAUUUGUAACUUAAACAUUAAUCUUGAGGCGCGCUGGUUUUUUGGCGAAUAAUGUAAUUAUCAUAUUUGAAUAUCAAUGUUUUGACCAAAAACAGAUUAGAUUUAUGUGUGUGUCUGUAAUUUUGAAUUUUGAUACAGAAUUAGAUAUUUAAAAUAUACAAAACAAAACUCGAAACUCUAUUAUUAAUGCAUACAGUAAAACGCCUAAAGACAAUAUUAUUUAAUUUUUAACAUAAUCAGGCUUUUGUAACUUCAGGUAUUUAAAGAAUAUUUAUGCACAUAUUUCCAGAAAAAGCUGUAGCAAUAAUUCUCAUAUUAUAUUUUCUCUAUUGCAUUACAAUCAUUGAUUGAUUUUUAUUUGAUUUUUAUUUAAUUUGAUUGAUUGAUUGAUUGAUUGAGUGAUUGAUUUAACCAAAAUAAUUAAAUAGCAAGCAGAUUGUCUGUUUAAACAUUGGUUACACCAAUUGAAACGUGCUAUUGAAAGAGGGAUUAUUAUUUUGCACAAUUUCAUGGUCGGUGCCUGCAAAAUUAAUUACUUAUUCACUUUUUAAACUGCGUUGACUUUUCGCAUACAUGUAUAUUUGUUUCAUGUUUUGUUGCUAAAAGUGAGAUAUCGAUUUCAUAGUAAUUAGACUAGACAUAUUGCUACUGCUACUUUUCAUAUUCAUUCUGUCUGGACCUAUACGUUUUUUUUAAAGUAUCCACAUUAAAUCCUGGGAUGUUAUCAUAAAGGUAUCGUGUAAUCCCAAGGUGAACUGUCAUAUUUACACACUAUAUCAUUCUUUUGACGUUGCAUAUGCAUGUAUAAUACACGUAUAACGAUCCAAAGAUAGGAUUUACCCAAACUUUACUUUUCAUGAUAUUUCCGGAAAUAAAAGAAAUUCUCAUGUUGAAGUCACUUGGUUUUAUGUUUCAUUACUUCUGUAAGCACUUCAAAUUACAAAGGUGCAUCUUAAUUCCAAUCUUUGACAGGUGAAAUAGUCCCGUUUAUAACAGAAUCAGACAUCCUGUCGAAAGUCAUAAAACGACUUUAAGUACCACUUAAUUAUUUGGUUUUAAGAACAUAUUUCUUGAAGUGUCGUUACCAAUUUCAUUAGUUUAUAUUUCAAAACUCGAAGAUUCCAUGGGCUUCAUGGGCUUCUUCUCGGCUAUAGGUCUUCAUCUUUGUUACAACAACAUCAGCCUAAGGGUUAAUACUCCCAUUAACUUGUACGAUUCUAAGCAUUUCUUGAUAAACGAAACAAGGUUCGAUGAGAUGAAUAUGCACAAUUAUAUUACAUAUUUAAUAUCAACCGCAUACAGAACAAAAAUGCAUUCACUCAAAACAAUGAGAAUUUGAUGUAUAUUUUAUUUCAAUAAUCUCUUCUGUUAUCCUCUUUGUGUUUAUAUUUUUAUUGUGUUCACUCGUCUGUCCUGUCUUAAAAUGGUCACGUGGUUAAGAGUAAUUAUCACGUGGUAAAGCAUGAGUGCGUAGUGUUCUGUUAUUGACUAUUAGAUAUUUAUUAAGAUAAAUAUGAAAUAGACCUGUUGUAAGAUGUGUAGAUUUAUACAAAAUGGAAAUAAAUAAACAUAUCAAAAUA